CUCUUGAUUUCUUGCACCGAAACAUGUAGGUAGGUUCAGUCUUGAACCCGACCACAUAAUCUGCGGAGUACUGCCCUAGGUACAGUAAAUCCACCAGUAUUUGCUCAAGUACAUCCAUCUCUUCGCGGGAGUAGCGGCCUACCCGUAUGUUGGCGCAGGGUUGCCACUAUGGGCGCAGAGCAGUCGUCCCCUCGCAAUGCCUCGCCCGCGCAAGACAACGCGGCGGUAAAGACCUGUUACUACGAACUACUCGGAGUCGGGCGCCAGGCUUCUGCUGAUGAAAUCAAGAAGGCCUACAGGAAAAAGGCCCUUGAGUUACAUCCAGAUCGAAACUACGGCGAUGUCGAAAACGCCACCAUUAAAUUCGCUGAGGUGCAAUCUGCUUACGAGGUUCUAUCGGAUCCGCAGGAGAGAGCAUGGUAUGAUUCUCAUCGCGAGUCCAUACUUCGCGCAGAUGGUGGUGCUUCUGAAGAAGAGCAAUUCGAGCACAAUGUGCGCCUCACAAGCGCUAGAGACAUCGUGGGUUUGAUCGGUAGGUUUAACACCAGUGUGCCCUUCACGGAUGCACCAAAUGGCUUCUACGGCAUACUGCGGGGUACAUUCGAAACUCUUGCAACGGAGGAGAAUCUGGCUUGUGAUUGGCAGGGGAUUGAUCCAAUACAAUAUCCAGAGUUUGGUGGCGCAGAAGACGACUACGAAGCCGUUGUCAAGCCCUUCUACCGGGUCUGGGCGAACUUUUCAACUAAAAAGACAUUCUCCUGGAGGGAUGCAUAUAAAUCUUCUGAUGCCCCUGAUAGGGCGACCCGUCGACUCAUAGAGAAGGAAAACAGAAGACUCCGAGAGGAAGGCAUCCGGGAAUUCAACGAUGCCGUAAGAGCGCUCGUGGCAUUUGUCCGAAAACGAGAUCCAAGGUUCAUCCCAAAUGCACAGUCAGAGGCUGAUCGCCAAAAGAUCUUACGAGAUGCUGCAGCUGCUCAAGCAGCGCGAUCGAGAGCUGCAAACCAGGCGAAGCUCAAUCAACAUGUAGUCCCGGAUUGGGCAAAGACAAGCGGACCUGAAACGGAGGAUAGCUUUACAGAGUCCUCUGAAUCGGAGGUCGAGCACAUUGAAUGUGUUGUCUGUGGGAAAACUUUCAAGAGCGAGAAACAGUAUGAAACCCAUGAGAAGAGUAAGAAACACAUCAAGGCUGUUCAAGCCCUCCAGAGGGAGAUGCGACAAGAGAGCAGACGCCUCAACCUCGAUGGAUCGUCUGUCGAUGGGCCCUCUACACUUACCGAAGCGCCCGAGGGGUUCGACAAGCUGGAUCUGGAUUCAACAGGCGCAGAAGGUGCCAAUGAAUCCACAACUAAACCAAACAGGGAGAAUGGCGCCAAGAGCGAGGGGGAGAAUCUCUGGGAGGUGAAAGAGCCCGAAGGCAGCAAAGCAGAAAUUGAUAUUCCUAAACAGAGCCCGCGGCAAGCAAUGGAAAAUCAAUCUGACUCUUCAGAUGUAGAUGAUGAGUAUGCGCCUAGAGCAGAUGUGGAAAACCGGCUGGCUAGCUCGUUAUCAGAGGCAAAAAUCGCUGAAGAGGGAAUGGAUAAUUCAGACCCAAUAACUGUUGCAAGUCCAACGCUUAGUGACCUUAAUGGGACUGGCAAGCAGAAGCUAGGAAAGGCAAAGGCAAAGCGUGCAAAGAAGGCUGCUCGACAAGAGAUGGAGACUGCUGAAAUCAACCAGGGGUUCGAAUGCGUUACCUGCCGAAGUACUUUCUCUUCCAGGACUAAGCUUUUUAACCAUAUCAAGGAAUUAAAUCAUGCCCAGCCAGUAGCGAAGACUGCAAAAAGCAAGAACAGUAAGAAGAACCGCUGAAUUACCAAGGAUUGUAAUCCAGAAAGGGACACAGCCAGGCUGCAAACGAAGCGAGGGGUUUGGUGUUCAUGUGUUUGAUAGAACAUCGGGACAUCAAAUAGACCGUC